GUCGCCCAGAUGAGUCAUUCGAACGGCUCUCGAAGGUGUGGGAGGAAACCACAACGGAGGAGAUGCUAGGUGACCCUGACGGGUUCACAACUCUCGAUGCAAAGAUCCUCUCAGCAAUCACCAAUGUGCUCGAGGGCGAUUUCGCCAGACAGAUUGACACGUUUAAGGAACGAGAGGGACUGCAUUUUGCAGGUUCGGCAUCCCAAGCCGAGGGAUGCGCGUUCCGGAAGGAUACGCCGAGUUAUGACAACAAGUGUAUCAACUCCACUUACCCUGCUCUGGCAUCUGUCAAGUUUUGGGGUUCACCGGAGUUCUACUUCAUCCCUACGUCUCCUCACGAAACCAACUGGAGACUUGUCACACAGGAAGCGCGUGAGCAGCUCCGCGAAAAGUAUCCUGUGAACUACAAGCCUAAAAGCGAUGAUCAGGACAUUCGGGAUGCCCAAGCUAGUGCUAAAAUGCUUCGGUCCACGAUUGAGGGGAUGUAUGAAGGUGCAACACCAACUUGCAGGUUCUGUUGCAAGACCGAGUUUGGUUGCGACAAAUGCAUUGACGCUAACCUAACGGUUGGUAGUCCUGCUGGAGAGGCCAAGUCUGCUAACGACAUUGACAUGGAGUGGAUUGCCGAUACCGGGAGUGCUCAGGAGUUGAUUUCCAAGAAUGAGCUACUUUAA